AUGAAUUCAGAGACGCUGUCAAGCCAUAAUACAGUAGACACAUUACCCGAACAGCUGAAGCGCAUGUACAAUCUGCAAAACGGUACAAAUGAUGCUCCAAUUCGAGCGAAUGUUUUUGACGAUUUGGAUGUGGAAGGUUCCGUAACUGGCUCGAUUCAUUCGAGAGAUCGACAACAACCUUUGGAUACGUCGUCAUCAUCUCUCUCCAGAAGAGAUCUCAGCAGUACCGCUAAUAACUGGAUUAGACUGAACGUUGGUGGAAAGAUCUUUCAAACAACUCGUGAUACUCUGAUGAGAGUUCCUGGUUCAUUCCUUUAUCGUUUAUGCCAGGACGACAAGAGACUGCCUAGCGUCAAGGACGAAACUGGUGCUUACUUGAUCGAUCGAGACGCGGAUUAUUUUUCACCCGUUUUAAAUUACCUCAGACACGGCAGACUUAUAAUAAAUCCCGGUCUAGCUGAUGAAGGAGUUCUGGAGGAGGCGGAAUUCUAUAAUCUGCCGCAGCUAGUACAUCUCGUUAAUGAAAGAAUUCAUGAAAGGGAAAGGAGCUCAAGUGAAGCCGGGAGAUUCAAAAGUGUGUAUCGUGUCAUACAAUGUCAUGAAGAAGAACUAACUACUUUUAUUUCGGCAACAAGUGACGGAUGGAAAAUUGUCCAGGUACUUCCUGUGCAGAGCAGAAUCAAGAUUAUACUUGUGGAUAUACAGCAGGCAGUACCUUGUGCAUUGUUGUUCCGAGAAUUCCUGACAUUAUUGUUCCGUCACGACAGCCGUGACAGGGCUACUUUGCUUCAGCAGAAAGCUAGACAUAACUAA